AAGAGAAAUUGAAUCACAUACUAUAAUUAUUUCAGAUUGUGUAACUCGAUGUUUUGGCAUUACUAAAGAUCCAGAAUCUAAUAAUUUCAUAAUGGUAAUGGAAUAUGCAGAACAUGGUAGUUUAAGACAAUAUUUAAAUGAUACAUUUAAUUCAAUAAAAUGGGUAGAUAAGUUGCAAACUUUAAAGCAUAUUGUACAAGGCCUUGAUUCUAUUCAUGAAAAAGGAUUAAUUCAUCGUGAUUUUCAUUGUGGUAAUAUGUUAAAAUUUAGUGAUAAUUUUACUAUUAUUACUGAUUUAGGAUUAUGCCAACCAGCAAAUGUAAAAUCUUCUCAAAAUGAAUAUGAAAAACAAGUAUAUGGAGUAUUACCUUAUGUAGCGCCUGAGGUUUUAAGAGGAAAAGAAUAUACUCAAGAAAGUGAUAUUUAUGGACUUGGAAUUAUUGCAUAUGAAGUCUGUACAGGGCUUCCUCCUUAUCAUGAUAUUUCUCAUGAUAAAAUCUUGGCUAUUAGCAUUUGUCAAGGGCUUAGGCCAAAAUCUAAUUAUAAAAUCCCUCAUCUAAUUUUGGACAUAAUUAAACAAUGUUGGGAUGCUGAUCCUUCAAAACGACCUAAAGCAAAUGAAUUACGUGAUUUAUUAUAUAAUUUAUAUGAUGAAUUACAUGAUAGUGAUGAUAGUGAAAUCAAAAAGCAAGCUGAAGAAGCAGAAAGAAUUAAUGAAAAGUUUACUUCUACUUCAUUACCAUAUAAUGGUACUACUCUUUCAUAUACUACAAAUCCUCAAGCAGUUUACACAAGUAGGCUUUUAAACUUUAAAAAUCUACCAGAACCAAAAAAUGCUAUUGAUAACAAAGAUGACGAUAAUUCAAUUGGAAAAUAUUCAGAAUCCAUAGAAGAUUCCACUAAACUCAAUCUAGAUGAAGACAACUAGGGAAGAAAAUUUACAAAUAUUCAAAAUAUAAAUUUCUUUAUUUGUGUCUAUUAUUUUACUAUUUAUUUUUUUUAUCAUUUUUACAGUAUAUGUAUUUUAUUGGAAUAUAUUAUUAUGAUUAGAAUUUUAUAAAUAAAGUUUUUUAUAAAUUAAAA